UAAAAACAAAGUUGAAAUUGGUCCUCCACAACAUGCACGAUUCUCCUUCAUCCAACUCCCAGGAGCUGCACCUCUUUCAACAAUUCCCAGGAAUCCAGCAAACUGCACCUCCUCCACCAACCUCCAGGAAUUCAGCCAGCGAGCAAACUGCACCUCCUCCACCAACCUCCAGGAAUUCAGCCAGCGAGCAACAGAAAUCGCCAGCGCCUCCAUCAAUUUUCAAUACUUCAGCAAGCAGCAAAUGGGGAAGAUCAGAUUGCCUAAUCUUUACCACCGGAGUUGUAAUUAAUUUCACAAAUACCCGGUUGUACGGUGAGCGCCGUAUAGCCGGGUGUACGGUAUUUACCUAAUUAAUGCUUGUGAUUUAUAAUUUUCAAAUACACUCCAAAUAGUAUUAUAGGUGUUAAAGCUCAAUUAAAUUAAUGAAAACAAAACUAAUCAAAAUAAGUUAACUCAUACGAAGUAAUAAAGAGUCUAGUCUAGUGCUUACAUUUUAAAUAUAAAAAUUAAAUAAAUUAACCAUUACCUAAAAAGUGAGUAAAUAUACAAAUUAGAAGCUGUUCUGUUCGUCUUAAUCUUAUUACUUAUUGCUUAUUUUUAUUUUAUUCAGAUCAGAUCAGAUUAGAAAGAUUCAGAUCAGAUCAGAAUCAUUCAGAUCACAUCAGAAUAAUUCAGAUCAGAUCAGAAACAUUCAGAUCAGAUCAGAAACAUUCAGAUCAGAUCAGGAACAUUCAGAUCAGAUCAGGAACAUUCAGAUCAGAUCAGGAACAUUCAGAUCAGAUCAGAAAAGUUCAGACAUGAUUCAUCCC